UGGUUUCCUGUGAGCAUUCGUCAAUCAUCAUUUAGUGUAAUUUAUGUUUGUAUAAAACAUACUUGACGUGAGACACGAUCUUUAUUGCAUGUAACGUCUUAGUACAAAUAUGUGGCUGGAGAUCUGCUUCGCGUUACUAGCUAUCUCCAACACAAGUUGCGAUGUAUCAUCAAAAAUGGAUUUUGAAAACGAACAAGAUUCUGUUACUACAGUUGUCAGUAAUUCUAGUAAAGUGGAAAAUGAAGACGUUGAAGUGAAGCACACCAUAGUUGUAUCAACAAAACUCAAGAACAACAAUCGCAGGGGACUACACAGUAGCAGUGAUGGAGAUUCUGGCAUACUAACUUACAACGUUGGACACGCAUCGAGACCAAACAAAGAUACAGACAGCGGUGAAGUACCCGUUGUUCCAGGCUUCAAAGCUAUCGAGACCACACAGAUUCGAACACCAGAUAGUAGACAGAAAGGUCAAAUUUAUCCUGAUUCUGUUUUCAUAAACCGAAACAUAAGAGACGAAUAUGAUGUCAUACCCAAUAUAGCUACAAAUCCGAUGCAGUGGAAACCUUCUAAUUAUUUUAAUAAUAUAAACUGGUGGGGUUCCUCCGGUCAUGGUGAAAGACAACCAAAUUUUGUUAGAAGAAUCGAUAGACCCACUAUAGGGAGUCCAAAUAAUUUUCAUAGAAAGAUUACUAUCGAUGGCAUGAGAGAAUUCUACUGCAGAAAAUGUAUGGAAAUGAGCAAUGGACAGAUGAAAGGGUGUAUCCAACAACGAAGUAAACCAUGGUAUAUAAUAGAGACAACAACGAACAAGGUAAAGUUGGACGGUAAAUUGGCGAAAUUAAACUAAUAGCUCGCUC